AUGUCGGUAGCGUCGUGUUCCUCGUCGGGGGCAGGUGGCCCGGCCCAGGUUGUGAGGGUGAAGAGGGAGCUUCUGAUCGCGUGCAUGACGUGCCCCCUCUGCCACAAGCUUCUCCGAGACGCCACCACCAUCUCGGAGUGCCUCCACACAUGUGAAUCUCCUCUCUUCCUCUCGCGUCCGCCUUCUCCGCGUGGUUAUCUGCUCCCUCGUGGGGAUUUGGGUCUGGUUUCCUUCGUGUCGUUUCCCUGAAAAACUCUUCGCAUCGUCCCUGGUGUGUGUUUAUUUGUUGAAUCUUGGCUUUCUCGUGUCGUUCGUUCUUGUUCGGUGUGGGCUCGUCUUUGAGAGUGAUUGGGUGUUGAUUGUACCGACGAAUUUUGUAAAAAGCUUGCUCGAAGACAAUGUUUCUCUUGGGCCUUGUUAUUUAUAUCUCUGUGGUUGAUAUAUAUUUGAAGGAGCGGGCAUCGUUCUUCUCUGAUUCCUCCGUAGUCUCUCGUAACUGCUCGUUGUGGUGUCACGUGUGAAGAAACCAGGGAAAGUUGAUACCUUUGGUGGGUCGGUGGAGUAUUUUAAAGCUUCUUAGAGAAAUCUGCCUCCACGGAUGAGAUGAGCAAAAGGUUGCCGUCGGUAAACGCAGUUAUUAUCUACACUCCACGGACAGCCUGGACUCUUAGCAAUAUUUCAAAUUCGUCAUGCAGAGCAGAUAGCGUUGAUUUCUGGAUUUCAUUGAAUGGUCUGAUGUUUUUCCAUCUUGCUAGCUUUGAAGUGAUCUAGUCUGGCUUUAUACAUCGAGGUGGAGUUGGGAGAGUGUUUCAUGAUCAAACGGAGAUUAAUCUUAAAAAAAAAGGAAGUUGUAAUUCAGGAUUGCCAUAUUUCAUGCUCUCAUAGCUACUGUAGAUGAAUGCCUUGCAUCUACAGUAAAUAUAUUGUCAGCACAAUUUCCUAGCUUCCAACUUUAUGACUCAGUUUACAGAAGGGUUCAAGUGUUACUGUCAUCCUCAGCAUGGAGAGGAAGUGGCUGUUUAUUAAUUGUUAAUAAUGUACUCUUUGUCUUAUGUUAUUUGAAGUAUAUCUAAAAGGUUCAUGUGAAGCAUUCAAAAGUAGCAUUGAUGUAAUGUUUUUCAAGUAAUCUGAGACAGCCUCUUUAAUGUCGUUGAAAAGAGGCAGCAUCAGUCUCCCGGUUUCAAAAUGAUCUGAAUUUGCUAAUCUUGUUGACUUUGACACCAUGAAUAUAGGUGAUUUCAAGAAACUUGAGUAAUUUAUUCCAAUGGCAUUGUUGAACCUGACGAGUUGAUUUGACGACAGUAAUCUUGGAGUUUUUAUCUUGACUUGUGCUGAUUUUGUGUACGAGUUUUAAGCUAGUAAAUGCAGAUUUUAGAAACUCAAACUGGGUUAAAGAUGAAGCCAAUAUUAUAGCCUUUGAUCUCUGAAAGUAUGAACCAAACUGUGUGUAAAAUAAUUUAUUAUACGUGCAGAAAUUCAGUCUUGAAUAUAUGACCUUAGGAUUGAGAAUAUUGUGUUAAGACAUUGAGGUCAAAAUUUAAUUCAAAAUACACAGAGUUGACAUGUAUAUUCAAAACUGUCCAUGAUUUGAAGAAAUUCCAACAACCAACCAAUAUGUGUUGACAUCUUCAAGGAAAGCGUUGGCAAUCCAUAAACAAGUGCUAAUACCAAAAAUGUAGGAAGCCGGAAAAAUAGAAGCAUAAUCACAUAAUAUUUAUGAUUAUUUUUUGAAUGGCCUAAGGCUUUCUUGAGUCAAGGCCUACCCUCAUUUCAUACCUAUAAAGAAUUGACGAUUGUGAGAAAAACCCUAGAAGAAUAUCAGGACUUAAUAACCGAAACUUUCAAUUUCAACUCUCUCUCUCUCUCUCUUCCCUCUCUAUGUGUGUGUCUGGUGCACAAUUUGAGUUCAAUUUUUUUUGGCACAUUCAAGGUCUAACUAACAUUGAAAAAGCUUUUGAUGUACUUGAAUUAUCUUAUAUAUCAAUCUUGAACUUUUUUAGAUGGUUUUACAAAUUGUCUAUUUAAUUAUCGUUGUUUCUAGUGAUAUAUGAGGGAAUUUUCUUUUGAACAAGACGGUCCGCAUUAUGAAAAUUGGUUACGUUUUUCGGACGCUGACUUAGAUAUUAGUUAACUUCAUGGGAUUCCAGGGGGCAGCUUGAGGAUUAAAGCAGGUUUGAGGUUGACAGAAUCACUAUAAAUCGUAUGCUCAUAUAGUUUCUUCUCUCCUCGUACAGAUUUAUUUCUUGUGGGCGAUUUGUUCUCUUAUUAUUCACCUCAGUCUAUUAGCAUGGCUCCCACAAAGAGCAGUAUACACCACCAGUUAAAGCAGUGGUGUUAAAAAAUCUAUUUAUUUAAACUCAUAAUCCAGGUUAUUUCUUUAUCUACUGAACGCAGGAAAAAAAUUAGUUAUGUCUAUCCCAUCGUGAGAAUACAGGAGUCAUCAUGCUUCUCAAUUUUUUUCCUCUAUAUGUAUAAAGAUCUUUUAUGGAGACACCUUUAAAGGACAAAGGAGGAUGCCCAAUGGUGAACCAGACACACAUGCUGUUUUAUUCGCUUCUCCCUUCAAACUUCCAUGCUCCAAGCGUAGAAUUUGCCUCCACAGAAUUUAAAACAUUCGGAUCCGUAUCAUUACCUCCACAUAAUUUAUCGCCUUGAAAGCAGGGGGAGUCCAAAAAUCAGUUUUGAAUCACAUUCUCACUUAAAAAUUCCUCAUGGAUCAAUACAUGUGCAAAUGAGAAAUUAGUUUUAUGCCAAAUAUUGAUCAUUUUGCAUGAGCUUAUAGUGUAAAAUUUUCCUUAGCACUUUCAAUGGUUCUGUGGUAAGGCAUAUCUUUAGUAUGAAAUAGGAGCCUUAUCAUGCGCACCCUUAAAAAAAUCUAAGAUCAGCAAAAUAUGUGUUUUCUUAGUAAAUAAUUUCUUGAUUCUGAGUUUCAUCUGUGAUCUUUGAACGUGUUUGAGUUUGAGGUAUUGUAAAUAACUAAAUAAAUAUUCUAUAUAACCACAUUGUACAUGUCACUUAUCCAUUUUUUUGUAUCAGUUUGCAGAAAAUGUAUUUAUGAGAAACUUACAGAUGAAGAGCUGGAUUCCUGCCCAAUAUGCAGCACUGAUCUGGGUUGCACCCCCAUUGAAAAGCUCAGGUCACAAGCCUCAUGAACUAAAUUUAUUGAGAUUUUUGAAAUGUGUCUUUGAUUUGAGUUUAUCAAUCCUAAAGUUUACUUGCUACGACUUCAGUUCUAGCUUCUCAUCUCUACGCCAGCAUUAACUGUUUUCAAAAUGCUAUAUGAUUUUGUUGGUAUUUCAAAAAAAUAUUAUAUUUUUUAAUUUUAUUUAUUUAAUUUUAAAAUAACAAUUUCGAUGUUUUUAUUUUCCUUUUUUCUGUCACAUUCUUGCCCUAGCAAACCUCCUUUAUGUGAUUCCUGCCACUAACAACCUGGCCACUUAUUUUACAGAACAGUUUCUAGUACAAUAGACUUUAAGAAGUUAUCACCGUAUCAUGCUAACUACAGGGUCAGACACAGCUUAGGUUUCUUGUGGGGAUAUUCCUGUCUAUGACCCUCCUCAGACACAGCUGCAUUCACUAGCGUGUCCCCAUUGAAAGUUUCAGGCUCAUGUUGACUCGGUUUUUUAUAUCUCAAUUAGAAUGGUUACCCUAAGUACAGUCCAUAUUGCCCUCCAGUUAAAUAGUGUGUGCAUCGAAUGUGGACGUUUUGUGUUAUUGUCUAGCCUCUUGGAGACACAAUGCUAGAAUUCGGUGAGUAUGUGAACCAAGUUUCUCUUCAUAUGAGAAAGUUAUGCUGUUCUUGGCCAGCAGGUAUGCAAAGCUAGCCUGAGUUUCAUGUGUUUCGCACCCCAUAACGACAUAAAGUGAGGAACUUUAAGGCAGACCUUUACUGAAUCAUUUUUACUGAAUCUUAAGAAGGGAUACAAGCAACCAUAUAACCAUGUAUCCUCUCUUUCCAUCUUUUUAUGGGUCGCUCACAGUGAAGGUUAAAAAGAAAGCAUCGGUGAUUCUCUAUAUUUAUGGAAAGUUCCAUGUGAAGUCUACGUUGUGCUUUCUUUAUACUGAAAAAUAGUGCCAGAGCUCUCCUCCCGUGGUUUUCACCUCUCGAUGGUUCUGGCUCAGUUUGUUAUGCUAUAUGAAAUGUUAAAGGUUUCUUGAGAUGUUGGCUUGAGAAUGGCACUUGGAAAGGAGCCAGUUUAAUGUAGAAGAAUAUAUCAGGGGGAAUUGAACUAAGCUACGGUCACGCCUUAAACUGAAAUGACAAAAAGUCUUUUGGAAUAUUCUUUUUUUCAUUCCAGAUUGAAGAAAAAGGUCUUAAAAUGGCAAUGACUGUCUGCCACAGGUGGCAGGAAGUUGGUUCCUAGAAAGUUAUUGACAAGAUCUCAGCUUUUGGGAACGUUGAAAGUAUAGCAGCUGCAGGGGAUUACAUGUGAGUGCCAUUUAAGAUAUUUUUGGUGUGUAGAAGAAAACUGACCCGAGCACUUGCUAAGAGGUAAGUUAUCAUGCGCGUGCGGAUUUAUGGGGACGAUGAAGAUACGUAAAAGUCUUUGGAAAGAGCUUGUGAAAAGGGCAUAAAUUAUUCUUGCCGAAUAUAAGCAUGAUAUUUUAUAGAACUGGACGGGUUUAAGUCCAUGAGCUGAAUCAGUUGAGAUUUGCUGUAUAAUAUUGAUCACAAUGAUGAUGUUUCAUUUUUCAUAUGUUUUGUUUUUUAUUUUUUCUGUAUAAGAGAUGUGAAGUGUUAUUUGAAGUGUUAAAGAUGGAAUUUCAUCCGCUUUCCAAGAAAAGUUCACAUUUUCCUCAGUGGCUCUUUAACCUCAACGCACUUAAUAUGCAUCAAUGGGAACUGAAGAAAAUGGUUUGAAGAUGGUUUAUUGUCAUUCUCCAUUCAUGCGUAUUGCUUCUGAUGAACUCUCUGUUGGAUAUUUUAUUCUGCAUUUCAUUGGUACAUAGAUCAUGUGAUUUCACAUUUGAUGUGCACAGGCCUGAUCACAACAUUCAAGAUGUGAGGUCCAAGAUUUUUCCUUUCAAAAGGAGAAAGGUGGAGGCUCCAGAACUCGUCCCUUCCAUUUCGUUGCCCAUAAGAAGAAAGGAGAGAUCGCUUUCUUCAUUGGUGGUCAAUACGCCCCGUGUGGCAACACAGAGUGGCUUAACACGGAGGAGAACAAAAGCAGCAGGUAGAAAGGCUGCUGCUUUGAGAGGAUUAGAUAUUGAUGAACCAAUAAAAAAGGAAGAUGAUGCAGAGGACUGCCCAGCAACAUCAGGCUUUGCUGAGACUCUUGACAAGAUUUCACAAAAUAUAAGACAGGUAAAGCAAAUGGCACAAGAACAACCCGAAAUUUCCCUCUUGGUACUCUCACAUUCAAUCUUGGUGACAUUCGCUGUAUACUUGUGAGUGGAUGCAGAAUAAUUUCAACGCAGGGACGUCAAACCAUGCAUCUAAUAAAAAUGCAGAGAAUGGUGAGGAACCUUCGGCGGAUAAGACGGAACUCUGGAAGCCUUUAAAUUGUUUAGUUGAAGCCGCCAAUAGGACGAAGACUCUCAAUUCCAGUGACCAGGGUUCUGUUGCCAAAACUGAACAAAUUAAUUUCACUGAAAUUGAAGAAAAUGCUGCUCCAAGAAAUAAGGCCAGGGAGCACCUACAAAAGCCCAAAAUGCUGGAUGACAAGAAUAGCAAUUAUCACACAACAGUAUUAAGUAAAACUCGAAGAGUGAAUGGCGCUGGUCGCAAAAGAGCCGCUGCUUCAAGGGAGCUUGAAACCUCAGCUCAAGCAUCACUUUGUGGCACAAGCGUUAAACGGGAAAGGGAGACUAACCCAAUAUGGUUCUCGUUGAUUUCUGCCCCAGACCGGUGAGAAAUAGCUACGAUUUAUUUGCCAUGAAAGAAUGCAAUCCUGCUUGGUUAUGAACAGGUGGUUUUAUUCUCAUCUAAAUUUUUCAGGGAAGGAGAUGCCCAGCUGCCUCAGUUAUCUUCAUCUUACCUGAGAAUAAAGUAAGUUUUUUUCUCGCUGACAUUCAUGUCAAGUUGUUUGUUGCUGGUAAUCCGGUAAUCAGUCCUUUUGUCAUGUUAUGGUAGCCUUCUAGCUCCAAAAUUUGAGGGAUGCUAGCAUGUCUUCUACACUGCAUCUGAUAGUUAAAUUCUCUUCCCAUCUUUGGUCAAUGGUGUCUACAGACUCAUCAUGUUGGACAUAAACUGAGAGAAUUUAAAUGCCAGGAAAAUUCUCAUCCACCGACCCUGUUGCCUCAAGCUUCAUUCUGUGUCCAAGUCCUUUUUAUUGCCGAUUUUAUUGUAAGCAUGGUUAAUAUUUAUUAAUAUCUUCUAUUUUAUGUGAUGUUUUUUAUUUCUUUUCGGUUGACUGAUCAUGAUGGAACCCCAAAGUUUUGAUUCCUUGAAUUCAAUGUCGCAUUAAUGAGAUAAUGUCUCAUUCCCUAUUCGCCAUCAUCUCCUAUGUAAAACCAGGUCAUUUCCAAAUAAUCCCACAUUUUUUCUCUAUGAGUAAGAAUUGUCGACUUAAUGCCUAUCUUCACUGUUCUCAGUUCCCUUUAAUUUUCUACCCAUCUUCCAUUUCUCAGGAAAAAACCAAGAGGGGGGGCAAUGAGUGCUUGAUCAGAGAGAGAAUGGGGAUCUUAUGUGGGAUGCUUUUGUGUAAAUUCUAUUCUAUCCUAUGAGCUUAAUCUUGGAUCAUCAGGUGCAAAGGGCAAGCAAGUUUUAAGUCUGAGAUAUCCUGCAUUUUCUAUCCCGGGUGCGACAAACCCUCAAACCGAAGCUCUGAUCGACCAUAUAUCGUUGAAAAUUUAAUCCGUCACUAAUAACUAGCAUUUGGCAGAAAUCUGGCCAUUGAUGCAGUCAAUAAUUGGUUUUUUAGCAUAGCCGCAUCUGACCUGGAACAGUCUUCUGAUUUACAUCAUAAAUUUCUGGUAGACAUUUCAAAAUUUUAUGAUCGUAUAUAAAUAUGAUUAAAUGAACCAGGCAUUGCAUUAUUUGAAAUUAUGCUGGCGUAAAUCCCCAGGAGUUUGAACGCAAUACUACGUCGUACAUCUGCUCGGACACAGAACCAAACAAAAAAUAAGUUCGUGGGAUUGGCAGUGAUUACGGAGUUUCCUGUCAAUUCUGCACAAAGCUUUCAGUUUUGGAAAUUUUCCCGAGGAUCUGGUUGAAAUAGUAAGAAGCUCCAGUGGGCUUUUCAUAUCGCCUUCUAGGAAGAGAAACACUUCGUCGGAUCAUUCUAGUUUGCAUCAUGGAACUGCAGAGUCUAGUUUGCCACAACCCUAUUUUUAUUUUACUUGCCCUACUUCGGUAGCUGGUUAAUAUUUUGUACCCACUUAAUACCUUAUGCAUUCGCAUGUUUUAAUCACUUUCUUAAUCUGCGAAUUAUAUUUUUGGCUACAGGGAUGGCACCCUACCGGUUCUACUAAUCCAAAAAUACCUUGCCAAGAAGCUUGAUCUUGCCAGCGAGACAGAGGUAAACAUUCAUACUCGUAUGGUUUGCAUGAUGUUUUUAUGAGACCAAGAUUCUCAAGCGAUGCAGUUAACCUUUGAUGCGCCCGCCACCACCACCCCCCCCCCUCUCCCCCUCUCUCAAGGCACUCAUACCCGUAUGAUUCGCAACAUGUUUGGAACAAAAGAAAUUAUUUUUCCCGGUUUUUUUCCACAUUCAUACUCGUAUUCUCAUAAGACCAAGAUUCUUGAGCAUUCAUGCUCGCAUGAUCUCCGAGAUAUUUUGUACAAAAGUAUUGAUUUUUCUCUGUUUUGAACACAAAUAUUGUCAUAUUUCCAUGAGACCUAAGAUUCCCAAAUCCAGUCCAAUCUUCGCAUCUGAACGCCCCUCUCCACUGUGUGUCUCUUCUUACAUCUUCUCUGCUCUUGUUGGGUGGGCAGGUGGAGAUCACAUGUCGAGGGCAAGCUGUGGUGCCAUCGCUGGCCCUGCACAAGCUGGUGGACCUGUGGCUACAUACGGGCUCGUCCCAGAGGGCGGUGGCGUCGGCAGGCUCCUCGGCCGAGAACUUUGUGAUGGUGCUCGGCUACGCCCGCAGAGUCCCCCCCGCCGCCACUUGA